AUGAAGGUGUCAGAGGCAGACGCCCAGGACUCUGCUGUUGCUCCUCCUGCUGCUCCUCGUCUUCUCCUCAGAAGACAAGCUGCUCCUCAGUGUCUGUUUCUCCUCAGUGUCUGUUUCUCCUCAGUGUCUGUUCCUCCUCAGUGUCUGUUUCUCCUCUGUUUCUCCUCAGUGUCUGUUCCUCCUCAGUGUCUGUUCCUCCUCAGUGUCUGUUUCUCCUCAGUGUCUGUUCCUCCUCAGUGUCUGUUUCUCCUCAGUGUCUGUUACUCCUCAGUGUCUGUUCCUCCUCAGUGUCUGUUCCUCCUCAGUGUCUGUUUCUCCUCAGUGUCUGUUACUCCUCAGUGUCUGUUCCUCCUCAGUGUCUGUUCCUCCUCAGUGUCUGUUUCUCCUCAGUGUCUGUUCCUCCUCAGUGUCUGUUCCUCCUCAGUGUCUGUUUCUCCUCAGUGUCUGUUCCUCCUCAGUGUCUGUUUCUCCUCAGUGUCUGUUCCUCCUCAGUGUCUGUUCCUCCUCAGUGUCUGUUCCUCCUCAGUGUCUGUUUCUCCUCAGUGUCUGUUCCUCCUCAGUGUCUGUUCCUCCUCAGUGUCUGUUCCUCCUCAGUGUCUGUUCCUCCUCAGUGUCUGUUUCUCCUCAGUGUCUGUUCCUCCUCAGUGUCUGUUCCUCCUCAGUUGUCUGUUCCUCCUCAGUGUCUGUUUCUCCUCAGUGUCUGUUUCUCCUCAGUGUCUGUUCCUCCUCAGUGUCUGUUUCUCCUCAGUGUCUGUUCCUCCUCAGUGUCUGUUCCUCCUCAGUGUCUGUUCCUCCUCAGUGUCUGUUCCUCCUCAGUGUCUGUUCCUCCUCAGUUGUCUGUUCCUCCUCCUCAGUGUCUGUUUCUCCUCAGUGUCUGUUCCUCCUCAGUGUCUGUUUCUCCUCAGUGUCUGUUCCUCCUCAGUGUCUGUUCCUCCUCAGUGUCUGUUCCUCCUCAGUGUCUGUUUCUCCUCAGUGUCUGUUCCUCCUCCUCAGUGUCUGUUUCUCCUCAGUGUCUGUUUCUCCUCAGUGUCUGUUUCUCCUCAGUGUCUGUUCCUCCUCAGUGUCUGUUACUCCUCAGUGUCUGUUCCUCCUCAGUGUCUGUUCCUCCUCAGUGUCUGUUCCUCCUCAGUGUCUGUUUCUCCUCAGUGUCUGUUCCUCCUCAGUGUCUGUUUCUCCUCAGUGUCUGUUCCUCCUCAGUGUCUGUUACUCCUCAGUGUCUGUUCCUCCUCAGUGUCUGUUCCUCCUCAGUGUCUGUUCCUCCUCAGUGUCUGUUUCUCCUCAGUGUCUGUUUCUCCUCAGUGUCUGUUCCUCCUCAGUGUCUGUUUCUCCUCAGUGUCUGUUACUCCUCAGUGUCUCAACAAAAUCACACGGCAUCGUUUCUCCUGCUUCACCUCCAUCACCUCCUGCUUCACCUCCAUCACCUCCUGCUCCACCUCCAUCACCUCCUGCUUCACCUCCGUCAUCUCCUGCUUCACCUCCUUUACCUCCUGCUUCACCUCCAUCACCUCCUGCUUCACCUCCAUCACCUCCUGCCUCACCUCCAUCACCUCCUGCUUGACCUCCAUCACCUCCUGCUUCACCUCCAUCACCUCCUGCUUCACCUCCUGCUUGACCUCCAUCUUCACAUCCUGCUUCACCUCCAUCACCUCCUGCUUCACCUCCAUCACCUCCUUCACCUCCUGCUUCACCUCCAUCACCUACUGCUUCACCUCCUGCUUCACCUCCAUCACCUCCUGCUUCACCUCCAUCACCUCCUGCUUGACCUCCAUCACCUCCUGCUUCACCUCCAUCACCUCCUGCUUCACCUCCUUCACCUCCUGCUUGACCUCCAUCUCCUCCUGCUUCACCUCCAUCACCUCCUGCUUCACCUCCAUCACCUCCUGCUUCACCUCCAUCACCUCCUGCUUCACCUCCAUCACCUCCUGCUUCCCCUCCUUCACCUCCUGCUUCACCUCCAUCACCUACUGCUUCACCUCCUGCUUCACCUCCAUCACCUCCUGCUUCACCUCCAUCACCUCCUGCUUCACCUCCAUCACCUCCUGCUUCACCUCCAUCACCUCCUGCUUGACCUCCAUCACCUCCUGCUUCACCUCCAUCACCUCCUGCUUCACCUCCUGCUUGACCUCCAUCUUCACAUCCUGCUUCACCUCCAUCACCUCCUUCACCUCCUGCUUCACCUCCAUCACCUACUGCUUCACCUCCUGCUUCACCUCCAUCACCUCCUGCUUCACCUCCAUCACCUCCUGCUUCACCUCCAUCACCUCCUGCUUGACCUCCAUCACCUCCUGCUUCACCUCCAUCACCUCCAUCACCUCCUGCUUCACCUCCUGCUUGACCUCCAUCUUCACAUCCUGCUUCACCUUCAUCACCUCCCUCACCUCCUGCUUCACCUCCAUCACCUCCUGCUUGACCUCCAUCACCUCCUGCUUGAUCUUCAUCACCUCCUGCUUGACCUACAUCACCUCCUGCUUGACCUACAUCACCUCCUGCUUCACCUCCAUCACGUCCUGCUUCACCUCCUUCACCUCCUGCUUGACCUCCAUCUCCUCCUGCUUCACCUCCAUCUUCACAUCCUGCUUCACCUCCAUCACCUCCUGCUUCACCUCCUUCACCUCCUGCUUCACCUCCAUCACCUACUGCUUCACCUCCUGCUUCACCUCCAUCACCUCCUGCUUCACCUCCAUCACCUCCUGCUUCACCUCCAUCACCUCCUGCUUCACCUCCUGCUUGACCUCCAUCUUCACAUCCUGCUUCACCUCCAUCACCUCCUGCUUCACCUCCAUCACCUCCUUCACCUCCUGCUUCACCUCCAUCACCUACUGCUUCACCUCCUGCUUGACCUACAUCACCUCCUGCUUCACCUCCAUCACCUCCUGCUUCACCUUCUUCACCUCCUGCUUGACCUCCAUCUCCUCCUGCUUCACCUCCAUCUUCACAUCCUGCUUCACCUCCAUCACCUCCUGCUUCACCUCCAUCACCUACUGCUUCACCUCCUGCUUCACCUCCAUCACCUCCUGCUUCACCUCCAUCACCUCCUGCUUCAACUCCAUCACCUCCUGCUUCACCUCCAUCACCUCCAGCUUCACCUCCAUCACCUCCUGCUUCACCUCCUGCUUCACCUGCUUCACCUCCUGUUUCACGUCCAUCACCUCCUGCUUCACUGCGGAUUAA